AUGAGUCCAAUUAUGCCUCUUAACUCCUUCAACAUACAAAAACUAUCCCUAGUGUUCAUCACAUUGCUGCAUAUCAUCAUGAGUACCCUCCCUAAUGCCACUGCCAGUACGAUAACUAUUGACAAAAAUGAGACAGAUCAUCUUGCCUUGUUAGCCAUCAAGUCAAAGAUUAUUCAUGACCCUCAAGGUGUUGUGAGCUCAUGGAAUGAGUCCCUUCAUUUCUGCAAGUGGGAAGGUGUUGCAUGUGGUCAUCGCCAUCGUAGAGUCAUCAUCAUUGAUCUAACGUCUAGAGGCUUAGUGGGUUCGUUGUCACCUUAUGUCGGAAACUUGAGCUUCCUUCGGGUGUUACAGCUCUUCAACAACACCCUUCAAGGUGAAAUCCCUCCCCAAGUUGGUCAUUUGUUCAGGCUGCAGUUAUUGUUGUUAUACAACAACAGCUUUGAAGGAGAAAUUCCAGCUAACCUAUCCUACUGCUCCAACCUCAGGUCUCUUGGUGUAGGUGACAAUAAGCUAGUUGGGAAUCUUCCUGAAGAACUGGGUUCCUUGUCAAAGCUCACUUUUCUCAGCAUUCACCAGAACCACUUCACUGGGGGGUUCCCUCAAUUCAUUGGGAGAUUGACUUCUCUAGAACAUGUGUCUGCAGCUGAAAAUUCUUUCACGGGCAGACUUCCUAAUGCCUUGGGUCAAUUGAAAAACCUAAAAAGACUGGCUUUUGGCAGCAAUGAACUCUCUGGUAUAAUCCCUCCUUCCAUUUACAAUCUUUCGUUUCUAACUCUACUCUCUUUGCCUAAUAACCAUCUUCAUGGAACUCUUCCACCGAGCUUGGGUACGAUGCUCCCUGAUCUUCAAGUCCUUGAAUUAUGGCAAAACAAUUUUACCGGACCCAUUCCACUCUCAAUAUCCAAUUGUACAGCACUAGAAAGAUUUGAAAUUGGAUUCAAUAAUUUCAGUGGGAAAUUAGGAGUUAAUUUUGGAGGCCUACGAAAUCUCAACGAAUUUUCUCUAGUUAGUAAUAAUUUAGGGAGUGGAGAUCCAGAUGAAAUGAACUUCAUUGACUCUUUGGCCAACUGUAGCAAUUUGCAGAUAUUAGAUCUGGUCGCUAACCAAUUCAGAGGGCUAUUACCCAAUUCCAUUGGCAAUCUCUCAAACCAACUUUUUUAUCUAACACUUGGACAAAAUUUCAUAUAUGGAGAACUCCCUUCAGCAAUAGGUAAUCUUGUCAACCUAAAUCUUUUAUCAUUGUACGGUAAUCGAUUCACGGGCACAAUUCCAACUACUAUAGGAAAACUUCAAAAUUUACAACUGGCAUUUUUUGAUGGAAAUACAUUCUAUGGGGAAAUUCCAGAAUCUAUAGGAAACUUGUCUUUCUUGACAGAGCUUUACUUGGGUGAGAAUAGAUUAGUGGGCAACAUACCCUUGAGUCUUGGAAAUUGCAAAAAACUGUUAUUGCUAGAUCUUUCCCAAAAUAAUCUUAGUGGCACCAUACCCAAACAACUUUUUAAAAUUUCAUCUUUCUGGUUUUGUUGGGUUAAAAAGAAAAGAAAUGCUCAACCUUCUGGAAUAAUGUUGAGGGAUUCAUUCUUGAAAGUGUCUUUUGAAAUGCUCCUCAAAGCAACUGACAGGUUCUCCUCAGAAAAUUUGAUUGGUGUGGGUAGUUAUGGCUCUGUUUACAAAGGAAUCCUUGAUCCAAGUGAAACCAUUGUUGCAGUCAAAGUACUAAACCUCCUCCGUCGGGGAGCUUCCAAAAGUUUCAUGGCCGAGUGUGAAGCAUUAAGAAACAUCAGACAUCGAAAUUUGGUAAAGAUCAUAACUUCUUGCUCAAGCAUUGAUUUUCAAGGAAAUGAUUUUAAGGCUCUAGUCUACGAGUUUAUGCCCAAUGGAAGUCUAGAGAGUUGGUUGCAUCCAAGUCCAACAUCUAGUAACGGAGAGAGUGAUCAAAUUCAGAGCCUAAACCUUCUUCAAAGAAUUAAUGUUGCAGUUGAUGUGUUGUCUGCACUCAAGUAUCUUCACCAUCAUUGUCAAACGCCAAUAAUUCAUUGCGACCUAAAGCCAAGCAAUGUCCUACUUGAUAGUGACAUGGUUGCUCAUGUAGGAGAUUUUGGGGUAGCAAGGUUUCUUCAACAACUCACAACUCCAAAACAAAGCAGUUCAGUUGCAGUAAGGGGAACAGUUGGUUAUGCAGCUCCAGAGUAUGGUCUGGGAAGCCAAGUGUCAACUAAAGGGGAUUUUACAGCUACGGGAUCUUAG